AUAACAAUAGCUUACGAAAAACAAAAACAAAAAAAAAAAACAAAAAGCAAAAAAAGAAAACACUUGACCCAAGUCGACCCAUCUAUUACGUGAUUACAACAACAAAAAGGCAAUAGAAGGGGAAUUUUUUUAAAAUUUUUCGGUCUCUCGACUAUUAUGGACAUAACACCAACACUUAAAGAAAGUGUUGGAAAAUUCAUUGACUGCAUUAGCAUAAAUCAGAAAAACUCAAGUUUGCAACAAUUUCAAUUACAACGAUCUCGCGAUGAUAUUAGUGAUCAACAGAAUCGUUUAAUAGUCUCCUCACAUAGUGCGGACGAAGAACCGCAGUCAAACGUAAUGGGUGGCGGUUUUGCUACGUCCCCGUAUGCAAGUGGAUCACGUUUAACUUCAUAUAACGAUUUGAACAACGAAAAUUUGCAAAUGCAUGAAAAACUCCUAGAUAACGAGGAAGGGUGUGAAAAGGCUAAAAGUUCACGUGAGAAGUGCGAAAAGUCAAAGACAAAAUUUGCAGAGAAAUUGCGGAGAAGUUUUCGGCGUACCGAGCACAAAUCAUUCGAAGUAAAAAGGCAAUAUCGUUCUGAUCCCAUUGACGGCAAAACGGAGGGAAAAAACCAAGAGGCGAAAAGCCUAAAAUCAACGCAACAGCAACACCAACAGCAACAGCAACAGCAGCCAAAGAAUUCACCUUCUAUAUUCUCUCUUACAAAUUUGCCAGGCUUGGGAGGUCAUAUCAAUCCUGCAUUGUUGCUAGAUAGCCCGGACGAAAGUACGCCACCGGAAUUCGGCUAUCGGCAUCUUAGCAGUGUGGCGACAACAAAUUCAAGUACCUCAUUGGAAAGUAAUUUCUGUGAAUCACCCACUACCGCAACCAGCAUUAGCUACUGGUCUUGGCAUCUUAAUAACAGCAACAAUAAUAAUAUGGGUGCCGAAGUAAGCACUACGAGCACGCAACAAACUAGAGAUAAACCAGCGACGAGCACGGAAUCAAAAAGACACUUAGAACAGCAAAGUAGUAGUAAAAGUGAUACGCAUAGUGAAUCCGCACCGCCAUUAAAUGAGGCCAGCCGCAGCUGCAGUUCAACCAGUGAGAGUAGUACAGCAGCCAAGUUAACGCGUUUGCAAAAUUUUCUUUUUAAAUCGAGCAAUGAAAGUUCGAGAAGUAUUCAAGGUCAUUCGAACGAGGGCUUCACCGCCUCAUCGCGUAAUUCAUCUUCCGGUGAAUGGGAAAAUCUUUGUGCACUCCCUAGUACAACCGUUUGCAAUGAGUUAUCGAAUGAUAAACUUCAUGUAUCUAUGAGUCAGAAAACUGAUGAUUCACCGGCAGGCAGUUAUUAUCAAUAUACUUUGGCUUCGCCAAGUAAUCCAUUUUUACCGGAAAUUACUGCACGCACGUACCAUAGCACGUAUGAUGAAACCGAAGAACUAAAAGAACUUGACGAGGAGGAAUUGGAUGCGAAUGUAACGUCAGUUAAAUAUCACAUAGGCAGUUAUUCCGCCCAGAUGCCUACGCCAAAUUAUAGCCGAGCUGGCUCUCAAGAAUCGACACAUAGUGAUUGUGCUCCAUGCACAAUUUUUGAAAAACAACUAAACUCUUGCUCUUCCACACCUGGCACUCACAAAAGAAAACUCUUCAGUUUAAGUACACCGACAAAACUGAAUUCUUCUCAUCAGAUGGUACAAAAACAGCAACAGCAACAGCAACAACAACAAAAAUCAUUAGCAGUGUCCACAAAACCAAGCACAAGCACAAAUGACACAUUCGCCUCGAUUCCGAGUAAAUCGUCCACUAUUCAAACAUCUUUAAGCCUAGUGCGUAGUUUAAACCCUUUUAUACCGACAACUACAGUGACCUCAUCCUCACCACCACCGCCAUCCCGCACUACCUCCUCAAGCAGUUUAAAUAGACGCAUUAAACCCCUAAAACAGAUGGCGAUUACUUCACCUACCGCAACGGUAGCACCCAAACUGCCAAAGGACUUGAACGCUAAACGUGAGGAAUUUCUGCGCGCCACCAUGCAAAUAUGCUUGGUAGUGUCACCGCCGUCAACACGUUUACAGUUAAAAUCAAAAAGUCUUACACAUUUAGAUGGCCUUGGAACGGAAACAGUUUGCAAUCAUGCCAAGAAUAACGCCAAUAGUGAUGCUUCUUCUCUUACAACAAUAUCGUCAGCUAAACCAACGUCAAAUACACUCAAAUCGUUGCCCAUCGCUGAUAAUUCUAAUAAUAUUGCUAAACUCUGCAAUGCCAGUGGUGAUGAAUGUGGUGGUAAUGUUGGUGGCAGUGCUGUUGCAUUACCAAUUUCUUCUUCGGCUGCUAGCUUAUAUCCGCCUGGUAGCUCUGUCACGCCCAUCAAUUAUAAACAGAAAUCUUUCAUGCAACGCAAAAAGCCUAUGCUCACACGCAGUGAGGUAUCUAGCUCAGAAUACUUUUCGGUCAGUUUUUGUAUGGAGUCCGGCUUCCAAGAAGAAGAGUUCUUUCCCGCCACCAAAGGUGUAACGUUAGCUAAUGCUUUAAAUCAAGCCAUAAAAAGGCGUAACCUAAGUUUCUCCCAAUUAAAUAUAACCGAUAUUAAUGAUGAUAAUUCUACCCAACAUUUAUUGGAUGCAAAAUAUAAACCAUUGCAAAGAUCUCUGGACGAAAACACUGAAGUAGAGCAACUAGCUGGUCAUCAUUUAAUGAUUACUGAUAAGGAAGGCAGUCGGAAAACGUUACAGAAAGCUGCCUCAUUUGGUUCUCGUUCACGACCGCCUCGCCUUUUAUCAUCUGCAUCAACCGAUGAAUCAAGUGAUGUAAACUUAUCGGGUAAACAAUUAAAACAACGUUGGUCUGGUUUAUUUGGAGUUAAAAAUCCCCAACAGAGUCAGCUGUGUGAACUAUUGAAUAACUAUUCGAAAACUGGCGUUCCUCAGAAAACGAUUCCCACCUAUGAUUUCGAGCAUCCCGAUCUCGAAGCCGCGGUAACUUAUUUAGACAAUAUUCACAAAUCGUGGAGAGACAUUGUACAAAGCGAUAGGAUGUCAGACAGCGAAAUGAGAAUACAGACAGCUAUUUGGGAACUAGUAACCACCGAAGUCGAUUACAUUCAUUGUCUGCAGACGGUAACCGAUUUAUUUCUUGCUUGUUUGGAAGCGGUACAAGACGAAGGCCUGCUGCAAGAUGUCGACCAAUAUCGCCUUUUCGCCAAUAUUCGCGAGAUUUGCGAGGCUAAUCUAAAAUUUUGGACUUUCUAUUUAUAUCCCAUGGUCUCGCAUAGCAUCGCUAUGAAUGAACCCCUACGGGUUGGUUUCUUUCAAUCGGGCUUCAUACAAUUCGCCAACAUUUUUUCGCCCUAUAAAAAAUAUUGCGCCGAACAGAGUAGCUGCCAAUUUUACUGCAAAGAAUUGAAUCGCAAUAAUUCUGUGUUCACAUCAUAUUUGGCGUGGUGCGAGGCGCAGAAAAUGUGUAAUCGAUUACGUUUAGCUGAUAUUCUAGUAAGACCUAUGCAACGCUUAACCAAAUACAGUCUGCUAUUAGCCGCAAUUAAAAAGCACAUGUCAGACGUUGAGGAAAUCGAAGCCAUUGAUGCUAUGGUUCAGAAUACAGAAAAUUUUGUCUUCAGCGUUAACAAUCAUUUGACAACACGCCAAGAAAAUGAACGACUUAAAGGUGUAAUGGCACGUAUAGAAUCCUACGACGUUGUGGAUACUAAUAACGAUCAUUUGGACAAACUGAUUAAGCAAUACAGUCAAAUGUUCGAUUUAUGUGGACCAAUGAAAGGCUGCGCCUCCCAGCAUGUACGGCACCUUUUUAUGGAGGGCGAUCACAAAUAUAAAGACAAUCACGGCAAGUCCGAUGUGCAUUGUUUUCUUUUGACCGAUAUGUUGCUCGUCUGCAAAUCUAUGGCCAAAAAAGGCCUCGGCUCACUUAAAGUAAUACGACAACCGUAUCUUACUGAUAGGCUGGUCGUACAACAUGCUAAUAACAUAUUAUCCUGUGUAUAUCUCAACGAAUUUCAAGUGGCGAUCACUGCGUUUACAUUGCAAUGUACAGAAGCGAAAAGCUGGUAUGAGUCGUUAAAAAGAGCAAAAAUGGUAUAUGCCCGGCUUAAACAGUGCUCGACAAGUAAUUGGGAAAGUAACUUACGUUAUACGGGCAGUAUAAUAAGUGCUGCUGGUACCAUUGAUUCGUUGGGGGUAAAAAAAUCGCCUCUAAAUUCAUCGAUAUGCAGUCAUGUAACCAGCGCUAACAACAGUCACAGCGGCUCAGUGGACUGGAAUGACUCACGAAAUAUUUCGGUAGAUUUUGAGAAAACUAAUUCUCUUUCCAGUGAUGAAGGUUGCAGUUAUUUAGGCGCUCACGGAUUUCCAGUGAAAGCCAAACCGGUGACCACAAUAAGCCCGCAAAAAUUAAAAAUGAAUACUGUUUCCAUUGCGAACACCUUGGCUGUGCAACCGUUACAUCAUUUGGGCCAAAGUUUACCCAAUUUAACGUUACAUCAUUCCCAGGCUAAUAACACAUUACUUGUGCCGGGUACUACUAGCAGUCAUUCCGGUAAUGUACUAUUAUCCCCCAGUCAUCGCGGCAUUUCAUAUCCACCGCCCAAUCCCUCAAGGGUUCCUCUGAGGCGUGGAAUGGCCUUUUCAAGUUCGAUAAAAAAUCCUCCUCUCUUAAAGACCCGCAACAUAACCUCACAAAAUAGCAUAAAUUGGCAUCAAAUACCUGCCACACCAACACCAACAAGUCCAACCACUCAUCAACUGCCCCAGCAGCCAGCGAACCAAAAUUCAUUCCCCAAAACUAUCGAAGCAGAAAAUAUUAACACCAUAUCUCCUUCCAUUCUAAGCAAUUCGUUAGCUUAUAAUUUCAAUAAUCCAUCAGACACGACGCAAUCUGAAACUAAUAAUGCGUCACGUAUCAGCAAUUUACCGUCAUUAAAUAGUAACCAAACUUUUACGACACAAUUAUCCAACACAGAAACAGACGUCUGAUGAUAAUAUCCAUCCAGAUGAUAUUGCUUUAUGUAAAUGAAAAUUAUUUUAAAUUAACAAAAUUAGAAAAAAAAAGAAAAAAAAAAUUCUCUGUACUCUAGCAUAAUAGUAUUGUAAUUUUCCAAAAGAAAAAAAAACUUAAAAAAAUUAAAUAUUAUGAUUACAUUUGUUGAAGGAUUUGAUGAUAAUAAAGCAGAUGAAUCCAUAAGGGAUAUAAACGUAUGCAUAUGCGAAGGAGAGCUAGAAAGAUAUGAUAUACUUUUCAAACUAAUUUUUAUAGCAUGCGAUUGAAAAGUUUUACUCUUUGAUUGUAAAUGUUAUACAAAACCGAAUUACAAAAAACAAAACAUUACCUAAGGACUUUCCUUUAAUCAUUAAUUUUUAUAGCUUUUGCAAGA